AUGCAGCAAGAUGACGGACAGGAGAAAUCCCAGCAGCUGCAAAACUUUCAGUCCGAUGACUUACUGGAAAAACUAAAGUUACUCAACUACGAAAAGCAUUUGCUUAAGGAAUUCAAACUGAAACCGCUGUCGCGUUUCUAUUUCGUGAAGGCCACAAAUCCCGGAGAGCAAUUCUAUAUGUUUACGUUAAUAUGCUGGUGGCUAUGCAAGAAACUCGGAAAGGAUAUGGAGCGGCCACAGGAGUACGAUGAUCCCAACACUGUGGCCGCCAAUAUCAUUAAAAUGCUUGGGGAGAUUGAUGUGCCAGUGGAUUUCCAGCCCAAUAAGCUGAUACGUGGAGCUGGACCCAUCUGCCUGUCGGUCCUGGAUGUUCUCUCCACGCAAGCCUGCAAAGUGGCCCAGGUGGGCUACCAGAAGCUGCACAUCGCACAGGAGGAGGAGUUCCUAGGCGAUUAUCUGGAGGACAAUGCGGAGAUCAUAUUGGAGAAACUGGAGGAUGAGCAGAAUGCAGCCGCCCUAAGUGAUGAUAGUGACAUGGAAUUGGAGGCGCAUAAUUUCCGGCAGCUCAACUGGUUGAAUCGUCCGCAGAAGAAAUCCAUUGGCGAUGUCAACCUGGAUGAGCGGAAUACGGAGUUGGAUGCCCGCAUGAGCGACCAUCAGGAGUGGCAUCUGGAACUGGAAAGAGUGCUGCCCCAACUGAAGGUAUUCGUCAAAGCAGACGCCCGGGAUUGGCGGACCCACAUCAGUCAGAUGGAGACCUUACAAGCGAACAUCCUGGAAAUCUCCGACACCGCCGAGGCUCAACUAAAGAAACUGCACAGCGAGUUCACUUUCGACUUGGAAAAAAUCGAAAGUCGCGAAAAACAUUUGAAUAACGAACUCAAGCCCCUGAUUCAGCAGUUCAAGGAGCUAUCCAUUGAGCUGUCCACCACCCAGUCGGCGCAGAAUCAGUUGCAGGAGGACAUGGAGAAGCAGACCACAGAGCUCAACGAGGUCAUGAUGGAGCAGGAGCUCAAGAAGGAGGAAAUGGAGCGACGUGGACAGGCCAUGUCGGAUGGGAGUUCGGUGCAGCAGAUCAGGAAAGCGAUCGCCAAGCUGAAGGAGGACAUUGCGCAACUGAAUCUGGAGGUGGCUCUGCUGGUGCAUGCCCACGACCAGGACAUUGUGGUGCGGCAGUUGCAGCAGAACCAAACCACCGACCUGGCAAACAACCCAUAAAACGUAUA